GGUGGAGACUAACUGGGGGCUGGAGAAGAAAGCAUGAAGAGAGGAAACCUCAAAGGCUCCUGAGCAAUAGGGGCUGGGAAGCCAAAGGAGCAGCACUUACCUGGAGACCCUGAGACCCUGAGCAUGAUGCUCUUGCCCUCCAAGAAGGACCUUAAGAUUGCCCUGGAGGUUUUUGCUGUUUUCCAGUGGGCCUUGAGUGUCUUUAUUAUCGUAAUCACCGUAGUCUUUGUCAACCUCUAUCUGGUGCUGUUCACGCCCUACUGGCCUGUCACUGUGCUCAUCCUCACCUGGCUGGCUUUCGACUGGAAGACCCCCCAGCGAGGUGGCCGCCGGAUAGCCUGUGUGAGGAGAUGGUGCAUAUGGAAACAGUACUGUGAUUACUUUCCUCUCAAGCUUCUGAAGACUCAUGAUAUCUCCCCCAAUCACAACUACAUCCUUGUGUGCCACCCUCAUGGGCUUUUUUCCCACUCCUUCUUUGGCCACUUUGCCACAGACUCCUCAGGCUUCUGCAAGAUCUUUCCCGGUAUCACUCCUUAUGUUCUCACACUGGGAGUCUUCUUCUGGGUGCCGCUUCUCAGAGAUUAUAUCAUGUCUUCAGGGGUCUGCUCUGUGAGUCAAGCCUCCAUGGACUUUCUGCUCACACAUAAAGGCACUGGCAACAUGCUGAUUGUGGUGGUUGGUGGCCUGGCUGAGUGCAAAUACAGCCUGCCAGGCUCUACCACCCUGGUCUUGAAGAAUCGGACUGGCUUUGUACGCGUGGCCCUUCAUCAUGGAGUUCCUCUAAUCCCUGCCUAUGCCUUUGGGGAGACAGACCUCUACAAUCAGUACAUUUUCACUCCUGGGGGCUUGGUGAAUCGCUUCCAGAAGUGGAUGCAGCGUAUGGUACACAUCUAUCCUUGUGCUUUCUAUGGGCGUGGCUUCACGGAGAACUCAUGGGGCCUACUGCCCUAUGCCCGGCCCGUAACCACGGUUGUCGGGAAGCCGCUACCACUGCCCAAGAUUGAGAACCCGAGCCAGGAGACGGUGGCUAAGUACCACACACUCUAUAUCGACGCCCUACGCAAACUCUAUGACCAGCAUAAGACCAAAUAUGGCAUCUCAGAGACCCAGGAACUGGUGCUCACUUGACAGACAUCACCAGCAGCUUCUCGGCCUGGCUGGAAGGUGUAGAACCUGUGAAACAGGAGGACCAGUGUCACAUGUGGGCCUCCUGCUCCUGAUUUGGCGAGUCCUCAAUAUGAGGAGGCUGUCCUCUAGGCCCCUCUUCUUCCUUCAUCUCUCGCUGCCUUCCAGCUCUUCUCUGCCUUUACCUUGGGGCUACAAGGGAAACAGCCCCAAAAGGCAGGGAAAGCCCUAGGCGAGAGGUAUCUUGAAGUCUCCCUCACGCACAGCCACUCAGCAUCAGUACUGAGGAAAUAAACAAAAUAAUAUAGCUCCUCUUCUGA